AUGCCGCGCUACAUCCAUCACAACCCUGAUCUAUGGAGAGACCCUUUUCAUUUCGACCCCACAAGGUUCAUCGAUCCACAGACUAAUGAUGUUUUUGGCAGUAAAUCAACAGUGCUAAGAAAUUUGCUGUCAUUCAGUCGGGGGCCAAGAGCUUGUCUAGGAGGACCCUUAGCAAUGGCAAGAUUCUUUCUCAUGGUGACUAAUUUGGUUCAGAAUUUUACAAUGGAACCGCGGAGUAGCGAUGCCCAUGAUUUGUCAUCCUGCGAUCCGAGGAAUGUUGAGUUGGGACUGGUUUCAAGACCCCCCAGUUAUUCUGUGAGGUUCAUCGCAAGGUCAUGA